AUGGACACCCUUCGCAACGCAAUGCCCCAAUUGCAUAGGUACAGCAGACUAGACACUCGCAGUCCUGACUCGGACCUGGAGAGUUUGAAGACGCCCGGGUCCGGCUCCGUACCCUGCUGGAGACCCUUUGCCAAGAGACUCCUUCAGCUGCCUCUCCGCACAGUAACAAUCCUCAUUGCUGCAUUUUUAGUCCUUCCCGGGUUAUUGGCCUUGACUUCAGUAAAGGGCCGCGCAUAUCUGAAAGAUCCACCAGUCAAAACCGAGCCAGUCGAGCAUCUCGUUACCCAAGAUCGUCGAUUAGCCAUCGUCCUUCCAGCCAACAACCCAGACCAUGAACUCUGCAAAGUCAUCACCAGUUCAAUAGCCCUUGGCUACCCAUGUCCUGUUAUCGUCAACUGGGGUAAAACCUACGACCCUUCUAAAGGAUGGAAAGGCGGUUCGCACCUGGCCAAGAUCACUGGCACUCUAGAGUAUCUCGACAGCGUCAUCGAUCCCGAUACCCCUGACGAAAACAGAUUUGAGGAGAAUGAUCUUGUUGUUUUGUCUGAUUCAUACGAUGUUUGGUUUCAACUUCCCCCAGAUGUCUUGAUCAAACGCUACCAUGAAGCCAACACAAGAGCAAAUCGUCGACUCGCAGCUCAAUACAAAGGCCAUGGCAAAGUCACCAUGCAACAAACUAUCAUCGUGUCAGCACAAAAGAAGUGUUUUCCUCCCGAAUCAUCAGGCUCUAUUCUCCACUGCGAUCAACUCCCAGACAGUCCUGUUCGCAAAGAUCUCUACGGUCCCAACACAGACCGAGAUCCAAAUGAGUUCCACGACAACCGACCCAAGUACCUCAAUAGUGGUAGUAUGAUAGGUCCAGUUGGAGAUAUGCGAAGAUAUUUCCGUCGGGCUUACGAGCGCAUGCAGAAGGGACUUGUCAAUGGCAAGGAUCUAUACAGUGACCAGGGUAUCUUUGCAGAAAUAUUCGCUGAACAGGAACUCUGGAGACGAUCCUUGCGUUCACACAAGUCUAUCACAAAAGACAAAGACUUUGAGUUUCUGCACGAAGAGUUUGAGUAUCACGUUGGUCUCGACUAUACUCAACAGCUUUUUAUACCCACCGUCUUUGAAGAGCAAGACGGUGAGAUCAUCGCCCUCAACGACGCAGCAGGUAUCGCCGAAAAGUCCAAGACUCUUAAUAUCUCAUCCAGACUUGAUGGUGUACCAGAAGAUAUCCAAGAGUCCCAUAACCCUUUGAGUAAGCUUUCAGUCCGCGAGCUGGACAUUGUUGAAGACUGGGGAGAAAUGCCUCUGUACGCCGACUUUUUCUCCGAGGCCAUUCCUGUAGUGGUACACCACAACGCCCACAAGGACGGAGCCAAGAAACGGAGGUAUACCUGGUGGGAUCGAAUCUGGUACUUCCCUUACCUACGGGAACUUGUAGAGACGCAAUUGAAGGAGACCAAGGCAAGACCGUUGCUUGAUAUUGUGGUUAAUGGAGAGAGUUUGGUUUACUGGGAUUCGAGAUCGAGCAAGCCUCAGAAGAAACCUCAGACAUUUGUUGUUGGUAAUAAUGGGAAUGCUACGUUUGAGAGACAUGAGUUUACGGAUGUUUGUAGAGCAAAGACGGAGAAUGAAGAAGCGAAGAAAGCUUGGUGGGAUGAGGUAUUUAGAGAUGGGAAGGGCGACUUGAAGGGAUAG